AUGGGAAGUGACGGAGGCAAGCCGCAGCAAUCUACGUUUGGGCCGUCUCGAGGGCGAGGCCUCACCGUCGCCCUCGGCGUUGCUGCGACCGAGGACUCCACUCCCACAGCCGACUCCACGGACGGCGAUUCUGCCGACAACCUCGCCCUCGCUGGCUCUGCCACCAUCAGCGCCAGCAUGGGGGCCGCCGUCACCGCCGAGAUGAAGCGCAACCGAUCGUACUCUACGGCGGUGACGCCGCGGCAGCAGACGGGGAGCACGCCCGAGCUGAAUCGGCUGGGGCCUGCUCCGCGGCCCUCCCUGCCGGAGGCCUGGGUCGGGGUGGGCGAGGAGACGGUCAAGUGCGUGGCGCUCCGGGCCUUUCGGGGCGAGCGCGAGGACGACCUGGCGUUCGAUCAGGGCGACGUCGUCGAAGUGGCGCGCGCCGAGCUGCUCAAGGCCGCCCACUGGUGCCACGGCCGCUGCAAGGGGCGCUCCGGCCUGUUCCCCACGAGCCACGUCAGGCAGCCCGACAACAACGCCUCGUCGCCGGCGUCGCCGCUCCUCUCCGGUGGCGUCGACGAGGCGCCCUCGCUGCUGCCCACCACCACGAGCAGCGACGGGGACGAGGGCGGCGAGUUUGGCGUCGGCACGACCAACGGCGGUGCCAAGGAGGCGGCGGGCGACGACGUGCGGCUCACCGAGGAGGACAUCAGCGACGCCGACGGCGAACUCACCUACGAGGACGUCGACGAGGAGGGCGUACCCGGGCGCACCACCAAAGUCAUCGCCUCCGGGCCGCGCGGGAAGCUGAUCGAGGCGCUGGUGAUUCCGCGCACGAUACCGGAGCCCUUCUACACGGAGGCCUUCCUCCUCACGCGGGCCUACUUCAUCUCCUCCCGCGCCCUCCUCAACCGCCUCAUUCACUUUUUCCUGCACUACCAAGAGCCGAACGGAGCCAAGGAGGACCCGGCGGACGUGAACAAGCUGCAGAAGCCCAUCCAGGGUCGGGUGCUGAACGUGCUGCAAAAGUGGGUGGAGAACAGCUUCUACGAUUUUGCCGAGGACGACGUGCUGCUCGAGCGGCUCGUCCGAUUUGUGGCCGACAACAUCCCCACCAACAUGUUCGCCCACAAGCUCAUCAAGGGCGUGCGCAAGAAGAAGCGGGAGUUCAAGCUGGUCCUGGAGGGCGACAAGGAGGCCGGCAUAGAGAAGCUCUUCGAGCAGAUAUUGGGACCCACGGCCGGCCCUGAGGCCGCGGACGCCCCCGCCGAAGCCGUUCGUCCGGCCAAGGAGAAGAAGAAACCCAAGAACAUCAUCGCCACCCACCUCACCAUCCGAAGAGGGCACCGCAGAGGAGCCUCGGAGGGUGACGAGGAGAAGAAGCUCAACUUCCUCGAGAUCGGAGCGCGCGACCUCGCCGUCCAGCUCACGCUCCUCGAACAGGAGAUGUUUGCGCGCAUCAAACCAUCGGAGCUGCUGUUCGGCAACGCGGGCAAGAAGAACAAGCACCAGCUGGCCCCGCACGUCAUGCAGCUGGUGAACUGGUUCAACCGGAUCGUGAACUGGGUGGCGUCGGUGAUCGUCGUCAACCCCAACAUCAAGGAACGACGCUUGGUCGUCAAGCGCUUCCUCGAAAUCGCCGAUGAGUGCCGCAAGCUCAAGAACUUCUUCGGCCUGCAGGAGAUCGUGUCGGCCCUCAACAUGGCCUGCAUUGAGCGAUUGCAGGCCACGUGGAAGGGCAUGUCCCGACAGGACCUCGCCCUCUUCUCCGAGCUCUCUGGCGAUGGCCUCGGGCGUGGGACCGACGAAGAUGAUACCCUCUUCCUCGCACCGCCGGGCAAAGCCCUCGUUCUCUGA